AUGAAUUUAAUUGGUGAUUACUCCUUCACCUGCGACACGUUAAGAAUUACCAACCAAAUAUCGCGUAUAAAGGGAAACAGUGUGUACUCAUAUAUUUUCGCUCAGCGCAUAUCUAAUAAUGACUGGCCUGAAUACGGUGGUGUGAUGCAUGGCUAUGAAAUCGAGUACGUCUUUGGCCUGCCGCUUCUGGAACCAGAAAAGUUUUCGAAAGAAGAGCUGAAGUUUACCGAACAGAUCGUGCAAUUUUGGUCAUCGUUUGCCGAGACAGGGUAA